AUGGCCUCUCAAACACCAGCCGUUGUCAUGGACAACGGUACCGGUUACUCCAAGCUUGGAUUUGCCGGUAACGAUGCGCCCUCUUUCGUCUUCCCUACAGCAAUUGCAACCAAGGCCGGUGCCGGGAGCGCUGGAAGCUCGGGUGCGCGGCCCCCCGUUGGCACGAAGCCAUCUUUCCUAAGCAGUGGUGGUGGAGGUAGCUCUCAUCUUUCUGCAAAGCGUGGAACUGAGGACCUGGAUUUCUUCAUUGGUGAUGAGGCUCUAGCUGCUGGCAAUGGUCCUGGAUACGGUGUGAACUACCCCAUUCGACACGGACAGAUCGAGAACUGGGACCAUAUGGAGCGUUUCUGGUCGAACUCAAUCUUCAAAUACCUUCGAGUUGAACCCGAAGACCAUUACUUUCUUCUUACUGAACCUCCUCUGAACCCUCCGGAGAACCGUGAAAACACCGCCGAAAUUAUGUUCGAGUCUUUUAACUGCGCCGGUCUCUACAUCGCCGUCCAGGCCGUGCUCGCCCUCGCUGCCUCAUGGACCUCUUCCAAGGUGACCGACCGAUCCCUGACCGGAACUGUCAUUGAUUCCGGUGAUGGUGUAACCCACGUUAUUCCCGUGGCCGAGGGCUACGUCAUCGGAUCAUCUAUCAAGAGCAUUCCCAUCGCCGGUCGAGACAUUACAUACUUCGUGCAGAGCUUGCUGCGUGACCGUGGUGAGCCAGACAGCAGCUUGAAGACCGCCGAGAAGGUGAAGGAGGAGUACUGCUAUGUGAGCCCGGACAUCGUCAAGGAGUUUGCGCGCUACGACCGCGAGCCCGACCGUUUCUUGAAACACACUGUCACCUCGCCUAACGGCCGUAGCGUUUCCAUCGACGUUGGCUACGAGCGCUUCCUUGCUCCAGAGAUCUUCUUCAACCCCGAAAUCUACUCGUCUGACUUCUUGACCCCGCUUCCCACCGUUGUUGACGGUGUUAUCCAGUCUUCGCCCAUUGAUGUGCGAAGGGGUCUCUAUAAGAAUAUUGUCUUGUCUGGUGGUUCCACCUUGUACAAGGAUUUCGGUCGCCGUCUACAGCGUGAUAUCCGCCACCUGGUCGAUGCCCGUAUUCGCGCGUCUGAGGCCCGCAGCGGCGGUGCCCGCUCGGGUGGUCUUGAUGUCGCAGUCGUCACACACAAGCGCCAGCGGCACGGUCCCUGGUUCGGAGGCAGUUUGCUGGGUCAGACGCCUGAGUUCCGGAGCUACUGCCACACCAAGGCCGAGUACGAUGAGAUUGGUCCCAGUAUCGUGCGGAGAUUCGCUCUGCUCGGUGGGCCGGGAAGUUCCUAG